AUGUGCCUGUUCUUCUGGGAGGGUCCAUGGACAACACCAGCGAGAGCGACGAGGAGGAGCAUUUUCGCCCGACCAAAAAGAUGCGUUUCCAAGCGACUUAGAUUUCCCAUGAUGAUCAUCAGGACCAGGAAGGCAAUGAAGGAAUCGAGAGACAAUAUUGAGGAAGAUGACGGCCAUGACGACAAAAUUCUCACUGAUGCCUGGCUGGAGUCCAUUGUCGAUCUGAACCCAGCCGAUCACGAAGCCGACACUGAUGACCGAAACUUCAUUAAGGCCUGGCUGAAAUCCGUUGUCGGCUUGAGACCAGCCGAUUAUGAAGCCCAGAAUGACGACAACGCCUUUGAUAGCGACGAGAGUAGCCUCAUUGGGCCUGGUUAAAUUCCAUUGUCGACCUGAGCCCAGCCGGUCACGAAGUCUGGAACCACGAUACCGUUUUGGGCGGCCCUGUAUUACAUAGCUGUUAUACAACCGCCAGCCGUUCUGUCUCUUGCGGCUCGUCCGCUACUCAUAGCCGUUCCGUUUCUGACGGCUCGUCAGUAGCUCUUGGCCGCU